AAUUAUAAUUUCUUUUCGCUUAUUUUCCAUUUUCAGCAGUUACGCCGACUUGGCAACUUUAACUCCUAUCUUGCCUUGCUGUCUGCACUCGUAUCAAGUCCUCUGGCUCGUUUGGAUUGGAGUAAAGCAGUGACAGAUGCCCUGAGGGAACACGCUGAAGUGAUGGAUACUGCACAUUCAUAUAAAAACUACCGUGUACUGCUGCAACAAGCCACUCCGCCCACAGUUCCCUACAUCGGUGUUGUUCUGCAAGAUCUGACAUUCGUGCACGCCGGGAACGCUGAUAAGCUGCCAGCUGAUCGAUGCGGUGGGCGUCGUGGUUUGAUCAACUUUUUGAAAAGAUGGCAUCAGUACGCAAUCCUUGACAGCAUUCGAAAAAUGAAACGAUGGUUAGUAAUUUAA